AUGGCAAGACGUAUCCUGUACUCCGACGGUGCUCGCGAUCCCGCAACACACUAUGCAGGUUGCGCCUAUGUGUAUUUUGACACUCUCCAAGACGCGUGGGUCGGUUCCAGCAGAGUACUGGGGCGAGUUGAAUCGUCACAGGAGGCUGAAGAGAACGCGAUCAUCGACGCCUUGGAAGUUGCCAGAUCAAGUGGAUCCAGUCAUAUCACAGACUUCGCCGUCCGCUCCGACGCUCUUUGGCUCGUGGAGGAGAUCAAUGACCACAGACUGGGACGCCGUCCCUCACGCUCUCAUGCCAUACAGGAGAUUAUCGGCUUAAUCCACAAACUGCAGGCAUUGAGCAAAAGCGUAUCUGUGGAGUGGGUGGCUGCACACCAAGGUAUUGAAGGAAACGAGGUAGCAGACGCCGCUGCAAAAGAAGCCAAGUUGCGAUCCUUCCGUGCAUUCAAAGGAUUAGAUUCGCUGACAGAGCCGGUGAGGAUGGAAAGCGUUUCGCCCGAAGAACGAAAGCGCUACGAAGUCCCCGGCGAGAUCAUAUUUAGUAAGGAGGCGGAGCGCCUCCUGCUUAAUGCCGCCUCUGACAGAGACCUACCCAGAUCCUGA